GGCACCGUUCUCUGUGCCGGGAGAGUGCUCCAAGAAUGGAAAGAUGGAGAGCAGUUUGUGCAGUAUAGCUCACUUUCCUCUAUCCCCUGUACUCUGUGCUGGGAAAAUGCAUCCAUUUGGAAAAGAGGAAGCUGCCUCGGUGUCGCAGCAAUUUGGAUUUUUUUGUGAGUGCCUGAAACGUGGAGAAUGGGAACUGGCACAGGCCAGUGUCCCUCAGCUACACAGAGGACAUGGGGAUAUCCCCAAGAAGGUGGAAGAGAUCCUGCAGGCUCUGGUGGCUUGUCCCAGCCUGAUGAGGUGUGGGCAGUAUAACAGUCCCCAAAGAUUGGCCUGGAUUUGGCUUCUGACACUAGAAAAAUGGCUAGAAUGGAACCUGAUUCUGGAUUUGCAGUCCACUCCAAUGUGGUCUGACUGGCAGACGUUGAAGAGGUGUUGUGCUGACAACCCACCAGUGGUCAUGGACCUGAUUCUAGAGGCAAAGGAAUAUGAGCUGUGUGAGGAGUGGGGCUGCCUCUAUCCUAUUCCCGGAGAACAUUUAAUCAGCUUGAACCAAAAACAUCCUCUCUACCUUCUAGAGAGUGGAGAUCAUGAAAAGGCCCUCCAGCUCCUUCAGAGAAUCUCUGACCCCACCAUGCGCCUUGAUGUCACAGAACGUUCCCUUGACCAGCAUCCCAGCCUGGCUGCCUCUCACUUUUUAGCCAACUACCUCACCACUCACUUCUACGGGGAACUGACAGCUACUCGACACUAUGAGAUCCAAGCUCUAUACGUGGGGUCCAAGAGUUUUUGACAUCAUGAAGCGCCGCCUGAACAACCAGGGC